AUGUGCAGUGCGAAAAACGAGCUCCAGGAGAUCUGCGUCAAGAGGCUCUGGCCAUCGCCUGUAUACACGACCAAGUUGGCGUCGUCGGCGGGCCCCUCCUUUGCCCUGUGGCGUUUCGGCGACCCCGGCGCAGAGGCGUCGGGGCCCUUCCAGGUGACUGUCGAGGUGGCCUCUUCCCCCAGGGGUCCCAAGACCAAGCUAAAGGGCGAGGGCGCCGGCCACACAAAGCGCACCGCCGAGCAGGAGGCGGCGCGGCAGGUGCUCGGCAGCCGCCAGCUGCGCAAGCAGGUGGCGCUGCACGCCGCGGCCGCCGUCGCGCCGCGCAAGGAGGGCCCCUGGAAUCCCAAGGGUCAUCUGCAGGAGGUCGUGUCCAGGGGGCUGCUGGAGAUGCUUGGGUUUGGCAAGGAAGAUGCAUUCAUAGAAUGUGAAUCUGUGUACCGAGGCGGCCUGUCGCAUGCGCCCAUGUUUGAGGAGCGCGUGAGGGUGGUCGCCCCUCCUUUGGCAGUCAGCAGUGGUGAAGAAGACGCGGAAGAUGAGGAGGAGGACGAGAGCAACUCGGAUGCGGGUGCCUCUUCCAGCAUCUGCUCCUUCCCGCGCCCUGCUACAGGCACGGCAGUUGAGGCCAGCGGGCGUGGCCCCAGCAAGCGGGCGGCGCAGGCUGCUGCGGCAGAGGCGCUGUUGCUUGAGCUGCAGGGGCAGCUGGAGCGCCUUUCCCGCUCCACCAAACUGUAA